AUGUGGGCAAAUUCGGUACUCAAAUGGGCCGAACAAACGUUGGAGAAUGUGGAUGGUGCCUCUCGGAAGAUUGCUGAGAAGGUACAACAACAACCAUUGGUGAUGCCAUCCAAAAUAUCAAAAAAGGAUGAUAGGAUGCAGAGCAGAUCACCUAUGGAUGGUGAUGGUGGUCUUGAAACAAUGACAACGGGAGAGGAUAAUGCACUGAUGAUGAAACGAUCAGCAUCCCGAAUGGUUCUUGAUGAGGAAAUUAAAAAAGAAACUGAAAAAACGAUGCAAGAGUUUUAUGAAAAGAGUGAAGAGGAACGAUUAAAGGAAGCGAUCGAGCAUGCUCAAAUCAACAAACAACAGCCAUCCGAUGUAAAUUCCUCCAAUUCGGUUGACGACGAGAACAUAAAUAAUACUAAUAACAGCAACGACGAAACAUCCAUAAUUCACGAUGCAGAAACUUUACCAAGAGACAAGCUGCUCGAAAAAACUAUUCUUAAAUUAUUCGAGGAAAUUAAACAGACAACGAAAUCAAAUCAACUCUUGUCACAGAAAUAUGAGAAAUUGAAUUCAGUGUCAAAACACUCACAACGAUAUAACGAAGAAUCACAAACCAGGCUCGAAGAGCAAGUAGCGAGACUACUCGAAGAGAAAGUCAAGACUGACACAGAAUUGACAAACGCUCUUAAUGAACGUGAGAAACAGGCCCAAAAAUAUCAAUCAAGAAUAGAAUCGCUGAUAGAGCAGUUAAAGUCUAAAGAUACUCUUAUUUCUGAAAUGCAAGUUGAAAAAGAUGCAAUUGCCAACGAGCAAUUACGGUAUGAAAAGUCGACUGCAGAUGAAAUAUCAAAUCUAAAACAACAAAUUGAAGAUCUUCAAGAUGAAACAAAAGAACUCAAAAAAGAGGAGAAGAAGCAUCUAAAACGGAUAGAAGAUCUCGAGUCACAGCACCAGGAAAAUGUACAGAAAUUAAAAGAAGAAUACAAUGAAUUGGAAAAUAGCCUCAACGACAAGUUAGAUGAAAUCUCACGAUUAGAAAGUACUAUAAAACUAAAGGAGCAUGAAUGGCAAGCAAAAAACCAAGAAUUUAUGGAAUAUAAAAACAGAGCUACUAAAUUACUAGCACUGAGAGACAAGCAGAUUGAGGAACUCAAAAAAUCAGGCACUGAAUCGCAAUCAUCUGGAGCAAAAGAGCCCACAGUGACUGCAGAUGAUGACUCUGAUUUAAUGAACGCCUUAGAUAAAGAAGAUAUGAUGAUUGACUUAGAAAAUGUAAAAGCAGAAAAUCAAGAAUUGUUGUCACAAAUCGAACUCAUGAAAAAACAACACGAAGCCGAGAUCAACUCGUUACGAUUCAAAUUGAAAACUCUUGAGAAAAAUUUAGAAAAGGAAAAACAAACCAAUGGUGUCCUACAAGAGACAAUAACCUCUCUCAAAAUGAACUUUGAAGAAACAAAGCAUCAAUACGAAAAUGAGAAGAAAUCUAUCAAGGAUCAAUUAAAAGAGAAGAAGGAGGAAAUUAAUCAAUUACAAAAACAAUUGAAUCAGGCGAAAUAUAACAACUCGAGUAAUCAGAACGAGCUCGAGCUACGAAAUAGAGGAAUGGCUGAAAGAUUAAUUGAAAAACAAACACAGCUCGAAACAUUGAACAGUGAGAAAGCAGCCAUUCAACUCGCCUUAGAAAAGAGCCAGCUCAAAAUUAAGGAAUUGCAACUCAUGGCACAAGUCACUCCAAUGUCACGACACAGUCACUAUGACGAAGAAUCGCCCUAUGACAACGACGUUAUUCAUUCAUCUGUCUCCAUGAAGACCGAUCGAUUUUUCCAAGAUUUAUCCAAGAGAGGAUUUGUGGCCAGUAGAGUUGCCAAUGCUAUGGCCAUAAUUGAUAGCUUUUCAAUUUCCACUGGAAGCAUUUUAAGAAAAUUGCCACUCUUGAGAGUGUUUGUAGUUGUUUAUGUGAUUCUACUUCAUUUAUGGGUUGUGUACAUUUUAUCACAUUUGACUCACUAA